GGCGUUUCCACGCAGGGGCCCCGGCGGGGCGAAGGGGGAAGGCCGGCCAGGCACAGACUUCCCAGCCCGGGCAGGGGGGAGGGGUCUGCGAGUGGGGCAGAGGCGCCCUCACCCGCCCACGCAAGAGUGGGGAGGCUCUGGACGUGGGGCCCGGGCUCCACCGGCCUAGGGACAGCGUCUCCCGUGUUGGCCCCUCUCGGAGCGGUGGCGCUGGCGGCACAGAUCGCUUCCCAAGGAUUCUGCUGGGUUAACAACUGCGGGCUUCAGCUGGUUAUCCAAACCUCAUCAGUGGCAGAGAGAAAUAAACCAUUUGAAUUCAGGAUAAAUAAAGACCAGUCGUCUUUCCACAACAGGCUCCUGCAACAUGAUCUGGAAAAAAACUAUUCAGGAAAACAAGGAGAUGGAAGAUUUUUGACUCCCUUGGUGCGAAAUAAGCAGGUGUAUGUUCCAGUAGCAGCUAAUUUGGCAGACCUUUCUGGUCUGGAAUUGAAACAAGGUUCAGGCUAUCAGUCUGCAUUUGGGGAUUCUUCUGUUCAUACUCCUACAAAAUUCAGAACCCGACAGGGCUGUCAUAGUGCUGGGCCAAGUGUUUCAGACAACAUACAUUUUGGGAGCAAUUCGUCAGUAACAGCAUUUCCCAUUCCGCAUCGUGUGGCUGAUGAGAAAAUACUGAAUUCUGAUAGGUUAACCCUUGAAAGACAAAAACUGACAGUUUGUCCAGUUAUUGAUGGGGACGAGCAUCUUCGCCUGUUGAACUUCCAGCAUAACUUUAUAACUCGGAUCCAAAAUAUUUCUAAUCUACAGCAUCUUGUUUUCUUAGAUUUAUAUGAUAAUCAGAUAGAGGAAAUAAGUGGGCUUUCAACUCUUAGGUCUUUGCGUGUUCUUUUGCUGGGGAAGAACAGAAUAAAGAAAAUCUCUAAUCUGGAGAACUUGAAAAAUCUUGAUGUUUUGGAUCUUCAUGGAAAUCAGAUUGCUAAAAUAGAAAAUAUCAAUCAUUUGGGUGAACUCAGAGUGUUAAACCUUGCCAGAAAUCUUUUAAGCUACAUAGAAAACCUUAAUGGACUGGAUUCACUGACUGAACUUAACUUGCGUCAUAAUCAAAUCACCUCCAUGAAAGAUGUGGAUACUUUGCCCUGCCUCCAACAUCUGUUUCUCAGCUUUAACAAUAUAUCUAGUUUUGACAACAUUCUGUGCCUUGCUGAUUCCUCAUCCCUGUCUGAUAUCACUCUUGAUGGAAAUCCAAUAGCUCAGGAGACAUGCUACAAGAACACUAUUCUCCAUCAUAUGAUGCAGCUCCGACAACUAGAUAUGAAGAGAAUCACGGAAGAAGAAAGGCGCAUGGCAUCUGUUGCAGCAAGAAAAGAGGAAGAGAAGAAGCGGGAAAGCCACAAACAAAUGUUGCUAAAGGAGAAGAAACGAUUGACAAUAGGCAACAUUGCUCACCAGUGGGAGAUUCAGCAGAAUCGAGUUGCUCUUAUAACUUCUUCAGAUCAAGAUAAAAAAGACAGUGACUCCUGUCAGAUUAAUGGCAGUGCCGCAUAUGUAUUUCCUGAAGAAACCAGGUCUCUUGAUACAAUACUGAGUGAUGCUGUACAAGGCUUGUCUGUCCUUGAUUCUCACUUAGUCGAAGUGGAAGGAGACACUCUUUACUUGUAUGGUUCUGGAGCUCUGGAAUCUCUGGAUCGAAACUGGAGUGUACAGACAGCUGGGACUGUCACCACAGUCUCUUUUAUGUUCAUAGAAUUUGAUGAAAUUGUUCAAGUGCUGCCAAAAUUGAAAAACAGAUUUCCUAAUUCUGCGCAUCUGAAGUUUAAGGAGACAAAUAUUCUCAUGUUGCAGCAGUUUAAUGCAUUAGCACAGUUGCGUCGCAUUGAACAGUUGACUGUUGACCCUCAGGGAAAUCCAGUUGUUCACUUUACUCUGUGGAAAUACUAUGUUCUGUUUAGACUGAACCAUUUUAACCUGCAAAAGAUAAAUGGAAGUGAGGUUACUCAGAAUGAUACAAUAAUGGCUGAAAGGCUCUUUGGCAUUCUUGCAUUUGUGGCAUCUUCUGAAUUGCCCCAAUAUCGCCUGCUUUCACUACUUGGAGAAUCCAGGAAGAAACAAUUCUGUUAUCUGCUAGAGGCAAAGGGGAAGAAAUCUGGUAUUGUUAGUGAAGAAAGUAAUGACAGCAGAAGAGUUGGAGGAGAAAAUGCAAAUCGAGCUGUACUGAAUUAUACCACAAAGGACUUUCAGACAGAAAAGUUUGAGGAAGUCAAGGAGAGAAAGAACUUUUGCCAGACAUACAUACAAGACUUAGUGAAAGAAGCUGCUGACAUCAAUAUGAAAAAUGAGUCUCUGCAGAAGCUAUGGCCUCAGAUGUUCAUUGAGCUUGUCAGGGAUGCAGUGAUAGAAAUACGCAAUAAAAAUUCCUACAUGAAACUCUGCUUACACUAA